AUGGCAGCAAGAAGUUCUUUGAUCCGCUUCGCCUUCGUCUGCCUUGUCUUGGCCGUGUUGGUCAUGACUGCCGAGUCCCACGAAGGGCACGUCCAUGCUCCGGCUAUGGCUCCGUCGGCACAUGCUCCCAAGGCUCAUGCUCCGGUUCCAGCUCCAAGUGCUGCCACUUUCUCCGCCUAUCCUCAGCUCAUCGCCACCGCAUUGGUCGGUGCUUUGUCUUUCGUCCUCUGA